CCUGCUUGUCGGAUCAUGAAGACUCUGCAGAUUCAACUGUCUCAAAAGAAUCAGCAAUCACCAAGACAUCAGAUCCUGUUUCUGUGGAGCCGUGAUGACACCAGAGGACCUCUUGAACACUCUGGAAGAUCUGGGACAUGAGGAAUUCAAUAAAUUCAAGUGGUUCCUGCAGCAGCCUGACAUUACACCAGGCUUCCCAACCAUCAAAAAAAUCCAACUGCAGACGAAAAACACGUGGGAGACAGUGGAUCUGAUGGUGCAGACGUACACUCUUCCUGGAGCUGUGGAGGUGACCAGGAAGGUUUUAGAGAAGCUCAACAGGAAUGACCUGGUGCAGAGUUUGUCUGUUGGUAGCUCAGGACCAGAAGAGGUUGUCAGUGAUGUUGGGGAGACUUCAGAGAACAGAGGACUUUCCUCCUCUCAGACUCGGGCUCCUCUUCCUCAGACUGAAGGUAAAGCUGCUGUGUUCUCUGAUGUGAUGGUUCCUGUACCAGAGACACACCCCAUCAAAUAUUACCAACAGAUGCUUCAGUCUAAUUUCCAGGACAAGUUUGUGUGUCUGCAAGAAGGGUGGGCAGAAGAUAAACAGUGUCUAGUUGAUAUCUACACAGAGCUGUACAUCACAGUCGGGGCUGAUGUACACAUCAACACUCAGCAUGAGGUCAGACUGAUCGAGAAGGCAGGGAAGCCAGCAGAAACAGAGAAACCAAUUAAACCCAGUGACAUGUUCAAACACCCUUCUGGAAAAUACAGACCCAUGAGAACAGUGCUGACCAAUGGAGUUGCAGGAAUUGGAAAAACAUUCUUUGUGCACAAGUUUGUGUUGGACUGGGCUGAAAAAAGAACCAAUCAAGAUGUGCAUCUCCUUUUCCCCUUCACUUUCCGUCGGCUGAAUUCACUGAAGGGAAAAGAGUUUUGUUUGGCAGAACUAAUUCAUGAAUGUAUACCAGAAACUAUGGACAUCAAAGAGGAAGCUCUUAAUUGGAUCUUUACAACUCUACAGUCGUCAGGAAACACGAACUUUGACAAGAGCAAAUUCAAACUGCUGUUUGUGUUUGAUGGACUGGAUGAGAGCCGCCUUCAUCUGGACCUUAAUGCCGAGGAUGUUGGCUCUAUUGAUGUAACACAGUCAACUAAAGCAGAUGUUCUGCUGAGGAGACUCAUCAAUGGGAAACUGCUACGCUCUGCUCGUGUCUGGAUAACCACGCGACCUGCAGCAGCCAAUCAGAUCCCUCAAGGGUUUGUGGACAGCACAACAGAGGUCAGAGGGUUCACUGACCCACAGAAAGAGGAGUACCUCAAUAAGAGGUUCAGAUGUGAGAAGCAGGCCAGCAGGAUCAUCUCCCACAUCAAGACAUCACGAAGCCUCCACAUCAUGUGCCACAUCCCAGUCUUCUGCUGGAUCACUGCUACAGUUCUGGAGGAGGUGUUGAAGACCAGAGAAGGAGGAGAGCUGCCCAAGACCCUGACUGAGAUGUACACAGAGUUCCUGGUGUUUCAAAUUGAUCAGACUAAAGAGAAGUACGGCCAAGAAAAGUGCAUUCAGUACAUUGAGUCAUUAGCAAAACUGGCUUUUCAGCAAAUGGAAAAGGGCAACCUAAUCUUCUACGGGGAAGAUCUGAAAGAGAGUGGCAUUGAUUUCAGAGCAGCCUCAGUGUACUCAGGAGUGUUCACAGAGAUCUUUAAAAAAGAGCGUGGGAGGAAAGAGAAAGACAAGGUCUUCAGCUUUGUGCAUCUGAGCAUUCAGGAGUUUUUGGCUGCUGUUUAUGUGGAGAUAUCUCACAUUAACAGAAACAAGAAUGUGAUGCCUUUGCCACGACCGUCACUUCAAAACAUGGGACUCCUUUUGAGGAAAACCUCUGCACGCAAGAUCCACAGGAUUGCCAUUGACAAGGCCUUACAGAGUGCAAAUGGUCACCUGGACUUGUUCCUUCGCUUCCUCCUGGGUCUUUCACUGCAGACCAAUCAGGAUAAACUACGGGACCUGCUAAAAAAGACAGACAGAAGGUCACAGACCAAUCAGGAAACAGUCAAUUACAUCAAAAUGAAGAUCAGUGAGAAUCUAUCUCCAGAGAGAAGCAUCAACCUGUUCCACUGUCUGAAUGAACUGAAUGAUGGUUCUCUAGUGGAAGAGAUCCAACAGUACCUGAGAUCAGGACGUCUGUCCACAGAUGAACUGUCUCCUGCUCAAUGGUCAGCUCUGGGCUUCAUCUUACUGUCUUCAGAAAAAGAUCUGGACGUGUUUGACUUGAAGAAAUACUUUUCCUCUGCUUCGGAGGAGGCUCUUCUGAGGCUGAUUCCAGUGGUUAAAGCCUCCAACAAAGUUCUGCUGAGUGGCUGUAACCUCUCAGAGAGAAGCUGUGAAGCUCUGUCCUCAGUUCUCAGCUCCCAGUCCUCUAGUCUGAGAGAUCUGGACCUGAGUAACAACAAGCUGCAGGAUUCAGGAGUGGAGCUGCUCUCUGCCGGACUGAGGAGUCAACACUGUACACUGGAGACACUCAGAUUGAGUCACUGCUGUUUGUCAGAGAUCAGCUGUGCUUCUCUGGCCUCAGCUCUGAAGUCCAACCCCUCCCAUCUGACACACCUGGACCUGAGCUACAACAACCUGCAGGAUUCAGGAGUGAAGGAUCUAUGUGGUUUUCUGGAGAGUCCAGACUGUAAACUGGAGACUCUGAGAUUGUGGAACUGCUGGUUGUCAGAGAUCAGCUGUUCUCCUCUGGUCUCAGCUCUGAAGUCCAACCCCUCCCAUCUGAGACACCUGGACCUGAGAUACAACAACCUGCAGGAUUCAGGAGUGAAGGAUCUGUGUGGUUUUCUGGAGAGUCCAGACUGUAGACUGGAGACUCUGGGGUCAGUUCAUCUUUGUCCCACAACUGAACCUAGAUCCCAGGUGACCACAGGAACUGCUUCUUUUUCCAAGAGUUACCUGUCAGAGCACCCCAUCCAGCCCUUCCAAGCUCUGGAUAUUGAAGGUGCCAAUGGUCAAACUGUCCCCUACUUAGGCUAUGUACCCAUCACUCUCAAGUUCCCAAAAGACUCGGUGCGGUACCUAGGCCACAUUGUUUCGAGCAGAGGGGUGGAGACUGACCCAUUCAAGGUCAGUGCUCUCCGCACUUGGCUCAGACCCCUAACCUUUGGCAAGCUCAAGUCUUUCUUGGGCUUUGCGGGGUAUUACCGCCGCUAUGUCCGAGACUAUUCGAAAAUAGUCAAACCCUUGAAUGAUCUCACCGGCGGCUACCCACCUUAUCGGAAGGGCCAAAAGACAUCUAGCCCUGGAGGGUACUUCAACCCCAAAGAACCCUUUAAUGAGCGAUGGAUGCCUGAAUGCCAAAAGGCAUUUGACAUGAUCAUUGAAAAACUUACGUCCGCACCUGUCCUUGGUUUCGCUGACCCAAAAUUACCAUACGUGCUCCACACCGACGCCAGCACUUCAGGUCUAGGGGCUGCCCUGUACCAAGAACAGGAUGGCGAGAUGCGAGUCAUCGCUUAUGCGAGCAGAGGUCUUUCAUCCAGUGAAAAGCGAUACCCCGCCCAUAAGCUUGAAUUUCUUGCCCUUAAGUGGCCUAUCAAGGAGAAGUUUCAUGAUUACCUCUAUGGAAAUGCAUUCACUGUCGUAACGGACAACAAUCCCUUGACAUACGUUCUGAAGUCAGCCAAACUAGAUGCUGCCAGUUAUCGCUGGCUAGCUGCUCUUUCGACCUUCGACUUCAACAUUAAGUACCGUGCUGGGAAGCGCAACCAGGACGUCGACGGCCUUUCUAGACGGCCGCAUGACAGUAUGGCUGACGACUGUGCCUCUCUUGAAGAGCGAAUCAAAAGAUUCACUUCACACCACGGCAGCUGCGGAGCCUCUCCCCCCGUCACGAUCACUCACACUCACAGGUCUUUUCAGCUGUCCUGGUAUGACAAGACUUUUGAGAAGAUCAUUGCAGAUAAGACCAUGGAUGAUGACACAUUAGAUUGUGCCAAAGGCUUCCUGAUGAAACUGGAGGAUUUUGAGUUUGUGUUUAUGUUGUACACAUAUGAGCAAAUCUUCUCUGAGACUGAUGUGGUAUUUGACAUUGUCCAGCAGAGAGCUAUGGAUGUUCUGUACUGCAAGAAAAGAAUUGAGUCUCUUCUUGCUUAUGUCAAAGAGAAGAGGUCAGAGGGGGCUUUCCAAGCUGUUUAUGCCAAAGCAGCAGAUCUCACAUCAGACCCGCAAACUGAGCCCCUGAGAAAGCGCCGUCUGUCACAACUGCAGGAUCCCAAGGAGCACUACAGAAAUCUGUACAUGGCCAUCCUAGACAAUCUCUCAGAGCAGAUACCUCGGCGUUUUGCAAAUUUGGAAAGCAUGCGCUUCUUGGAAUUAGUCAAUCCAGGGAAAUUUGAUGAGAUGAGACAAGUGUUUCCAGAGGAGGCAUUUCAGAGUGUCCUGAAAGGUUAUGGCCAGUUCUUUGAUUCAGGGAGACUGAGGUCUGAACUUCAAGUCCUAUAUUCAAACCAGGACUUGCAGGGCAACAGGGGAAAGCUGUGUGAUUUCUUGCUGUUUCUGAAAGACAUGGAGUUGGACAGUGCAAUGCCUCAGCUGUACAAACUGUUGUCAUUAGUGGCAAUGAUUGGAGCUACAUCUGCAGGUGUAGAGAGGUGCUUCUCCUGUUUAAAGCGGCUCAAGUCUUACACCCGCAACACUAUGGGCCAAGGCCGUUUAAGCAGCCUAGCUCUGCUGGCCAUUGAGAGGACACUAGUCAAGUCCCUGGAAAAGACGCCUAGUUGUCCAGAAGAGCUCCAAGAACAUCAAAGGUCCGACCUGAUCAUUGGACAGGUUGUCCAAGUCUUGGAGGGCGGAGAUGAGGCCAACCUCAUUCCCGACUCUUUGGAGCUCAAGCUGAUGCUCAUGGGAAGGAAAAGGUUGGAGAUGAGAAACGGUCUUUUGUACAGAACGCGUCAAUCAGGAGAUGAUAUGACUUACCAGUUCGUUGCCCCCAAGUCUCUUCAAGCUGCCAUUCUCAAGUCCUUACGUGAGGAUAUGGGACAUAUGGGUUUUGAGAGAACCCUGGACUUUGGACAGCCCGACAAUCACAAUACUAAAGACAUCUUGGUCAUCACAGACCAUUUUACCAAAUAUGCGGUUGCCAUACCGACCAAGGACCAGAAGGCUACAACGGUCGCCAAAACCCUUUGGGAACAGUUCUUUUAUGUGAAACAUCUGAAAGCACGUCUCGAGGAGAGUUAUCAGAUUGCCAACAGGAAUUCACAAAAGGUUGCUGACCGUAACGAGCGCCGCUUUGACAAGGCAGUGCGAGAGUCGACACUUGAAGAAGGAGAUCAAGUGUUGGUGAAAAAUCUGAGGUUCUGGAGUAAGCACAAGCUUGCAGACAAGUGGGAGUCCACUAUGUACAAGAGGAAACUGAACCAGUUAAACCUAAGGCCCGCAAGCCCAGAACUAGACAGAGUCACCCUCAACUCUGAGAGGAACCCUCAGAAUCUGAGGACGACUUGCUCAUCUAUCCUGCCCAGCCCUCUGUUCCUCCUGAACAAAGGUUCACUCAGAUUGAGUUACUGCAGGUUGUCAGAGAUCAGCUGUUCUCCUCUGGUCUCAGCUCUGAAGUCCAACCCCUCCCAUCUGAGACACCUGGACCUGAGCUACAACAACCUGCAGGAUUCAGGAGUGAAGGAUCUGUGUGGUUUUCUGGAGAGUCCAGACUGUAGACUGGAGACUUUGAGGCUGAGUGGCUGUAACCUCUCAGAGAGAAGCUGUGAAGCUCUGUCCUCAGUUCUCAGCUCCCAGUCCUCUAGUCUGAGAGAAUUGGACCUGAGUAACAACAAGCUGCAGGAUUCAGGAGUGGAGCUGCUCUCUGCCGGACUGAGGAGUCAACACUGUACACUGGAGACACUCAGAUUGAGUCACUGCAGGUUGUCAGAGAUCAGCUGUUCUCCUCUGGCUUCAGCUCUGAAGUCCAACCCCUCCCAUCUGAGACACCUGGACCUGACUAACAAUGACCUGCAGGAUUCAGGAGUGAAGGAUCUAUGUGGUUUUCUGGAGAGUCCAGACUGUAAACUGGAGACUCUGAGAUUGUGGAACUGCAGGUUGUCAGAAAUCAGCUGUUCUCCUGUGGCCUCAGCUCUGAAGUCCAACCCCUCCCAUCUGAGAUACCUGGACCUGAGCUACAACAACCUGCAGGAUUCAGGAGUGAAGGAUCUGUGUGGUUUUCUGGAGAGUCCAGACUGUAGACUGGAGACUCUGAGAUUAAGUCACUGCAGUUUGUCAGAGAUCAGCUGUUCUCCUCUGGUCUCAGCUCUGAAGUCCAACCCCUCCCAUCUGAGACACCUGGACCUGAGCUACAACAACCUGCAGGAUUCAGGAGUGAAGGAUCUGUGUGGUUUUCUGGAGAGUCCAGACUGUAGACUGGAGACUCUGAGAUUGAUCCACUGCAGGUUGUCAGAGAUCAGCUGUGCUUCCCUGGCCUCAGCUCUGAAGUCCAACCCCUCCCAUCUGAGAGAACUGGACCUGAGCUACAACAACCUGCAGGAUUCAGACCUGAAGGAUCUGUGUGGUUUUCUGGAGAGUCCAGACUGUAGACUGGAGAGUCUGAGGGUCGAUGACAGGGUGAUUAAAGCUUCCAGAGACAAAACCUGUUUUUUCCUGUCUCAAACAGUGGUGGAGGUGGUACCAUCCUGAUAAUGUGCACACACAUGCAUGUGCACCGCACAUUCAACUGGCUCAAGCAAACACUUUUACGAGCAACAUAUUUUAGGAGUUCUUGUGAAUCGCAAUGUAUUUCCAACAGGACAAUAAACUGUAACAGUGUGGGAGAUGUCACCUCAUGCAUUUACACAUUGUCAUCAUAUUUUAAAGACUAAAUUAAAUAAUUAUCAAGAUUUAAUUUUUUUUUCUUUCAGCCCUACAGCAAACCAUUCCUCCCAAGCCAUUCCUCCAAAAUUCUGAUUGUUUUACAUUGAAGAAAGACAAACACUGCCCCAAUGUCCACAACAAAGGACUGUUUUUGAAUAUCUUUUACUGUGUCAUGUUUUUUCUGUCGUUGUCUUUAUUGAAUAAU